GAUACGCUCCAUAAAGACACGCAGGAAUUCAGCACGAAUAUCUCAAACCAUCACCGUCCUUCUAUAUUUAGACUUCGAGGUGCGAGAAUUUUGUGUACGCGGUAUCAGUGCAGAGUCUAUAAUUCGUAAAAUUUGGGAUUGGAGUGAUCGUUAUCAAAGCAUAUCCUGAACCUCCACUUUAGAUUACUAAAUCAAGUUCAAGUAUAAUCUCAGGAAUUUCAAUCAGAUUACACAAUGUCAGCUUUAAGUUACAUGAUCGUACUGUUUAUUGUUGCAACUUCACGACCACAGCACUUGGUCAACUACCCCGUGAAGAUAUUAAAACCAAGCAGUAUAGUGGUAUAGUUAUAAACGCAAAGAUGUGCCAUGUUUUAUAGAGAUUGAUAAAGUUGCGCAACACAUGAUUAGAAAACAAUAUCAGAUUCCGUGGUAAUAAAACAAAUACACAAAAUGUGUGCACGAGUCCUGGCAUGUCCGCUGUGUUCGCAACCUGGAUUCCUAACGCUUGACGCGCUACGAGCUGGACUUGUAAGUGUAGCGACUCGACCCCUCAUAUGUCCUAUCUGUAACGAAGUAUUGUUAGGCAUAGAUAAAUUAACUAUACAUUUAUUUGGUCAUACGAUCAAUCUGAACAAUGCUACAGCAGAAUCGUCUAAAUCUGCGGACAUCACUGCUACUGAUGAGCAUCUGGUCGCCAUCCAUAACGCGCACAACAUUGCACCCCAGGACUGGAACAUAUUGAAGCAAUUAGAUAAAGUUGAAAGUGGCAACAACAGGACUUGCACAGAAUUAUCAGAUUCUGAUGUGCCGCAUGUAGGAAAUAUCUCUGCUAUAGAUUCUCAGUCUAAAACGCAAAGCCUAGAUUCAUCAAUGAAAGGCGCGAGUCAAUCUAGUUUCGUAUCAGAUUACAAUCAUGACGUGAUAAAAGUGAACAUUCUUCCGCAAUCAAACGAGAAUCACAACACAGUCCAGAAAGUAAUCGCAAAUCUGCAACAGGAAACAAAUUGUACAGUGCAGUAUUUUUGUAAUGAUAUUAAGCAUUUGAAUGUAUCCCAGGAAGCUAUGCAGGCGGAGAAAACAGCUAUUUCAGAUUUAAUUAUUGCGACAAAGGUGGCAGGAACUGUGGACGCCAACAUCUAUCAAGAUAUUGAAAAAGAAUGCACUGAAUCGAACAGUAGUCAUCAUGUCUUAAAAGAAAAACUGAUAACAGAUUUAAUUGAGGAAGAACAUGAUCUCUCUAAUUUUCAAUCAGUCCAAAAUAUAAUCGCAAAUGUCUGUGCAAGAAAGUCAUUGGAAGAGCGCAAUGAUAAGGAAUUGUCUAAUGCGAAGAACACGAUACUCGAAACAAGUGCUGGGGAUCAAAAUCAAAAUUUACAACACAAGCAAAUGUUACCUCACACGCAAACAAGUGCCAAAGCCAUUCGUACGAUAGCAUCGAAGGAAAAAACGGAAAGGUGUAACUUAUGCGGCUUUCACUUUCCUGACACCAACAUUUUAGCUUUACACGAACAAUUAGUGCACGAGCAGGAUUCGAAUAAUAGUCCAGAGCAAGUUCUUAAGAAUUACUCUUGCUAUCUGUGCUCUAAAGUGUUCAAAAUGCGAGGCAGCUUAAUGGUACAUAUGAGAGUAGCCCACAUUGGACACAAUUCAGGUUCUUUUUCUAAAGGUGACCAAAAUGAAGUCACCUGCGGCGACGCUGGAUACGCGUGUCCCACAUGUGGAAAGAAAUUUAAGAAAGAACAACAUGUAAUACAACAUUUAAAGACUCACGAGGGGAAGCAGUGGGAGUGUGAUACUUGCAGUAAAAUGUUCACGACCAAAUAUUUUCUGAAGAAGCACAAACGACUGCACUCGGGAGAGAUGCCUUACAAAUGUAAAAUAUGUGACAAAAGUUUCACCUUUCAGCAAUCGUAUCACAAGCACAGACUUUAUCACAAGGAUGAUAAACCACACACCUGUGCGACUUGCGGUAGAUCGUUCAAGGAACUCUCCACGUUACAUAAUCACGAAAGGAUUCACACCGGGGAGAAGCCAUUCGCCUGCGAGACAUGUGGAAAGUGUUUCCGUCAGCGUGUUUCGUACUUAGUCCAUCGUCGUAUUCACACAGGAGUGAUGCCUUAUAAAUGCACAAUGUGUGGCAAAAGCUUCCGAUACAAGGUGAGUCAAAGAACCCAUAAAUGCCCUGUACAAACUUCAGGGAGCACACAGCAAUUGACAUCUGAUACACGAGAGGCUGAUAACAGCACAGUCAGGUCACGAGUCACUGAUAGCCUGCAAGAAAAUCAAUCAAUAACAAAUACCACUGAUGAGGAAAAUAAGUUCGUUUUGAUAAUAAACGCUCAAGGACAACCCGUUUUAGCGCUGCAGUCAGAAAUAAAUAACAUAUCCUCCGAGAGAAAGGAACAAGGCAUCAAAUUUACAGAUGCCAGCAAUACUAACGAAGAUCUAAAGAGCAAGACAUGGGGUACUAACGAUCUUAAUAGUACGGGACUAGAGGAAUCAGCAGAAUCAAUUGAAAGAGUGCAAUCAGACAACGAAAAGAUAGACGCAAAAAGCACGAAUGAUUUCUUUUCCAUGGUGAUGUCACCCCUUGAAACGAGCAUAUCAUCUUCGACGUUUGAAAUGGAACACUUGAGAGUAUCUUCGCCUAAACGUAAAGAGGAUCCGAUAGAUUCUUACACUGACUUCCCACAGGUUUCUGGAAAUGUACAAAUGAAUUUAGAGCCAGACAUAGAGCAAAACUUCAGCCAUAAUAAGGAUGUCACAGAGUCUCUGCAAACCAUAAAUGAAGAAUCAUUGAAAGCAUUGCUGUAUGGUAUGGAUAGAAAAUGAAGCAAAUAUACAUUUAUAACUUAAGUGGCUCCUAGAUGAUCA